UUACAGAUAUAGCCGGGAAGGUACCUAAUCGCAUUGUGGCUCGGACCUGCAUUAGCGCUAUAUGAAUCCCCGCACUAGCCACAAUCUCUGUCGGCGGGCAUGUCCCAAACAAUUCGUAAGGUACCACCGUACCGCCGUAACAUACCUAACCUUCCAACCCCAAAUGCAACCUACAACUCAUAACCAUCCUUCCAUCUUCAACCAUGUCCUCUCUUUAUUCCGAAACCCCCAUUAAAUCACUUAUCGGUUCAUUUCUCGUCUGGAAAGCACUACUCCUAUGUAUUGUUAUCGGGAGUGGUGUCGGUCCAGCUUACGACACUUCGAGCACCUUGUUAUCCCCUGAAAUAACUUCAUCUCAUGAAUCCCCAUUUGACUUGGCUACAAAAUUAACAAGAUGGGAUUCUAUUUACUUUAUACAAGCUUCUCGUCGAGGUUACUUGUUUGAGCAGGAAUGGGCAUUUGGCCUUGGGUUCCCUACCAUCAUCUCCUAUCUUAGUCAAGGACUUUCUAUCCUGGGAAUCCAAACCCAUGGAUCCAUCGAACCACUUAUUGGGAUACUAGUAGCUCACAUAUCCCACCUGCUUUCUGUUAUUGUCUUAUAUCAGCUCGGACUUGUUGUCCUAAAAAAUCGGCGACUCUCAUUCAUUGCGGCACUUCUACAUAUUCUCUCCCCCGCUGGAGUUUUCUUGUCCGCUCCAUACAAUGAAAGCAUAUACGCCUUACUAUCUUUUACAGGCUAUCUCUUCUUUGCGAAGGGUCUGCUUGGGCCAAAGCGGACCUUUGCUCAUGAUGUAAGCUUGGUCGCUUCAGGUAUGUGGUUUGGCUUUGCUACGACGUUUCGUAGCAAUGGCUUGUUUAAUGGGAUCCCGUUUGCAAUUGCGCUGGCCCACGAGGUGACAAUGCCGCCCACUCUAACCAGUAUACGACGACGACUAUCCUUAAUGUUGGGAGGUCUAAUAAUAGCAGUCAGCUUUGCGAUCCCGCAACUUGCUGCAUUUCAAAUUUUCUGCUCCGUCCCUUCUGGUACCAGGUUAAGACCAUGGUGUAGGAGUAUGUUUCCCAGCAUUUACUCAUUCGUUCAGGCGCGCUACUGGAAUGUUGGCUUUCUUCGCUACUGGACACCAUCAAACAUACCUCUUUUUCUACUCGCUACACCAAUGAUUUACCUUCUUAUAACUUCAGGUGUAGAACUUAUCAGAUGGCCUCUGGGAGUCUCCCCUAAGCAACCUACUGCUAGCAACAGCUCCCAAUUGGCAGUCCUGGUCCGCUCCAUGGCUUUAUCCCAGCUCAUCCUGGCUGUUCUAGCCAUCACAAAUUAUCACAUCCAAAUUAUUACAAGGAUCUCAUCAGGAUAUCCGCUUUGGUACUGGUGGUUGGCAGGACGUAUCACUGACAAAAACACUUCGACAUUCGGUUCAAAUGUCGUGAGAUUUAUGAUCGUUUAUGCUGCCGUCCAAGGAGCUCUCUUCGCCUCCUUCCUUCCUCCGGCUUAAUUUACAACCUCCACUACUGCGUGCUCUCUUCAUGAGCGCCUGAUUCUAAACUAUUUCUCCUGUUCCCGUAGCACAUAAGGCCUCCUAGAAUUAUAGAUAGCAUAACCACACCUAAUUCGAAAUCUCCGAAGACUUGACAAUUCUGUUUGCGCCUAAGGCUGACAGCAUCUGAGCUCUACAGGCUUGCAAUUGAGUCAAAAUACCUGCUACAGAUGUAUUUUGCAGCGAGGAAUUAUCCAAUAACAUGUAAGGUACCGUAUUAUAUCCUAAGGGACUCGCCGAAAGCAAGGCUGUCUUAGGUACCUUCUAUGAAUAUUGGGAAAUUCUUCAACAGUAGGAAUUUAGGUGUCUUCUUUUUUUCUAUUACUACCAAGUAAACCCUAAUACCAAUUGCAAUAUUAGCGAGGAAGACACUUGGAUAGGAAGCUAUGUCCUUUGUCAGAAGCAUGCGAAUAGUAUUUCCUUUCUAAUUAUGCAUAUUCUUCUACGUUCUGAACGCGCCUAACCUACCAUGUCUCUGGGGAGAGGGCUCUUGCAAACGGGGACCUUCUCACUUAACGUAACAGCAAAC